AUGAGUGAUAACGGACAAACUGUCGAUACCAAGAGCUCAUCGGUGGCUGAAUUGACUUUGAAGGAGACUUUAUGUCUUAAUUUCACGUCAGGGUCGAGGUCAGGCUCAAACCCGUCCUCAUCAACCACUCAAUUGCACACCAUCGAAUUCGUUCGAAUGGAACAACAAUUUCCAAUUGUAGCAAAAUACAAAUUCGCUAUUCCUCAAAUCAUCUCCUCGUGUAUUUGUGACUGUGCUGGUGCUGAACAGAAUUGUACAAAAGGCUCAAUAUGCUAUCGAACAUAUCAUGCGCAUCAGUCAAAUGCCGGAUGUUUGACACAAUCGUUGAAGAGUGAAGUGUGCUGUGAUGUCGCUAUUGAACCAUAUAACAACAAGAUGUAUACAGCAAUAAAGUUGAAUCAACCAGACACAAUAGUGGUUUUAAAGCAUAAAAUAUAUGAAAGGAUAGCAAACCGUUGGAUUGAAGCAUCCUCAGACGAGUUCGACGCGAUCAUCAAUAAAGGAUCGGCGAUCAUUGAAUCGAUCGAUCGGCGGAAAAUCGAGAUUCGAGUAACAUCAGGUCGAGUGAUACGUGAGAUGAAUGCUGGGAUGUACUACUAUUCAGAUGAAAUCGAGAUGCUAAUGACUGGGAUUAGACUGAAUGAACCAUCUGAAAGUGAUAUUCAUAAACUGGGUUGGAUGAGGAACGAAAACGGGAAAUGGAUUAUACGAAAUGGCAUCAUUAAAAUUACUGAUUCACAGCAUAUAACGGUGGAAAGCUGUAAAGGACAGAAAUAUUUGACUCGGUACAAUUUGGAAUAUUUCGUCAGUGGGAAUGAAGGUUUGAGCGAGCUGGAUUUGGGAUUUCCAGUAGAUGAUGAGAGUUGGGUGGAGGAUAUUAGCAUUGCAAAUGAUCGACGCUCUGUUCGGGUGGUGCACGCUGAAGGCACCGCCAUUCACCUCACCAUUAACACUGAUAUCAGGCUGGGUGGCAAAGGCACACUAAUUGGAUACGUGUAUCGAAGCGAUGAUAAACUGUCAACGGAGUGGAGUUUCAGUGUUGAGAUGGGGUCAAAGGUCAGGUCAUCAUUCAUGACCAUAAUUGGUGGCUUAUCAUCCACGAUCAACUCGGAUCGAUUCGUUUGUUUACAUCCCGUUGGCAAUACUUACGGUGAAAUUUGUAAUUGGUUGAGGUUAGCGAUCUAUUUCCGUGUUUACUCAUUCUCAAAAUAUUAUCGUUUCAAAAUAAUUUUCAGCUAG